AUGCAAAAAAAUAAUUUUUUUUUUAAUAUAUAUAAGACCAAAAGCCUACCGGCAAACUAAAUGAAGCUGUCAUCACUGAAACAUUAGUACCGAUAUUUUUCGCGGUUUCUGUUGCACAUCUCUAAAGCGAGGAAUUUGUUAUUAUAAUUUUUUCGCAAUAAAGAAUGGCCAGUGAAGAUCUCUUCGAGCAUGAAUUCUCCGAAGAACAAGAAUUGGAGCUCGAGCAGGUCAUGGAGACCGAGGCAGUGGAUCAAGGGGAAACCAAUGAGCCAACAGAAAUAUUAGAGGAGUCGGAGGAGAAUUCCCCAAAGGAAACUGCCACCGAAAAUGCUGCAGACAAGCCGGCUACCAAUGGAGAGAAACCAAGUCCUGAUCAUGAGGCCAAGAUGACACAACUGCCCUUGGCUCGCAUACGAAACAUAAUGAAGUUGGAUCCGGAUAUGCAAGUUGCCACCAAUGAGGCUGUGUUUGCAGUUACCAAAGCUGUGGAACUUUUCGUUGCCUCAUUAGCAAGAGAAUCCUAUACGUACACCGUCCAGUCCAAGAAGAAAACUAUUCAAAAGCGGGACGUGGAUAUGGCCAUAUCGGCUGUGGACAGCCUGAUGUUCCUAGAUGGAGCCAUGAACUUUUGAACCAUCUGUUUACCCUUAAAAUAAGCUACAUAUAUCUAUGUAUGUUUAAAUCCCCCCAGGUAAAACACGAU